AUGAGACAAUUUAACGAUUCUAAUUUUAUUAACCCUACAGGUUUAUUAAAUAAAAAUUACUUAAACUGUAAAACUUGUAUUAUAUAUUCUUUUGAUAAUGAAAGAAAACACCAAAAAAAAAUUAAAUCAUUUUUUAAUUCAUUGUUUUCUAAACGCUUUGGUAUAUCUAUUCUUGGAAUAAUAUACAAUGGAUUUUCCCGUAACAAUAAUAUUUUAUCAAAUAUAAAAAGUAAUAAUACACAUUCCAGAAUUUUAAUUGAAACAGAACUUCUUGCUUCUAAUGAAAAUGUGGUAAUAUCUCCAAAUAAAUUUUUUACCAAUAUUAAUAUUGCACCUAAAAGGCUAGGAGAUAAAUUAUCUAUUGAAGAUGCAUUCGGAGAAGUAGAUAGAAAAUUAACAGAUUCUCAUAAUAAGUUACAAAAAAACAUAAAUAAACAUGGAUUGUGGAAUAACCAUACGAGUCUUACUUUUGGUCAUGCAUGUUCACUACUUGAUGGUAAUAAUACUGAGCAAGAAAUAAAUAAAAAUAUAGAUCAGUUAAUAACUAAUCGUAUAAAUAAUAAACAAAAAAUGUAUAGUUUAUGGUGGGAUGUCAUGAAGAAUGAAAAAAAAAAAUAUAAUAUAAAAACAAAAUAUUUAUAUAAACAUCAUGAAAAAUUAAUACAAAAAUAUAAAAACAUUGAUCAGUAUAUAGCAGAAAUACAAUGGAAAGAAUGUAGAAAAUACAUUAUCUUAGCUAGAGUAGAGUAUGAAAAAUAUAUAAAUAAUAUUUUCUAUAAAUGGAUUAAUAAACCUACAACCAAAUCAUCCAUAUUUAAAAAAAUUGUAAAUAAAAAUAGAACACUAUGGAAAAUGUUAACUAAUUAUGUUAUACAAACAUAUUCAGAAUCUAUGACCCACUCAUUUGAACAUAUUAGUCAAGAUAUUCAUAAUAAAAAUCAAAUGCAUCCAAAACAUAUAAACAAAGAAAAAUAUAAAAACUAUAUAUCAACCACCCUAAGAACUUCUCAAAGAGAUAAUUUAUCCAUAUUAUAUAAUUAUGAACAAUUUUUUCAAGAUAUACCAUAUUUUGAUUUAGAUGCAUUGGACAAUAUGGAAGAAGAAACAGAACCUAUUGAAGAUGUACAAGAAAUAGAAGAAAAAAAAGAAAUAAAUGAAAUGCGCACAGAUUUUGAGGAAAUACAAUUUAUCAUACAAGCAGAAGAAAAAAUUAGAUUACUAGAAGAAUCACUAUAUAAACCCUUACCACCUUUAAUUGAAAAAGAAGAACAAACAGAUGACAUAGAAAAGCAUAACAUAGUAUCAAAAAAACCAGCAGUUGAAACUAAACAGGAAAUAGUUCAUGAAAAACAAACAGAUGACAUAGAAAAUCAUAACAUAGUAUCAAAAAAAACAGCAGUUGAAACUAAACAGGAAAUAGCUCAUGAAGAACAAACAAAUGAACACUCAAUGCAAUCAAUACAACCGACCCUUCAAUCUGAACAAACAAUAGAAGAAGAAAAACAAUCUGACGUAAAAUUAACAGAACCCGUUAUUCAAUCAGUACAUCUCGAUUUAGAAUUAGAAGAUCCCAUAACUGAAAAUGAUCAAUCCAUGAUCCAAACCGUACAAUUAGUUGUUGAUUCUGAACAACCAACAUUAGAAACUGCUCAAGAUGUACUCGAAGCAACAAGAGAAGCAAUUCGUACAAUACAAGAUGCAGUAAAGGUAAUAACAGAAGUUCUUAGAGAAACACAAAAUUUAGUUAAAGAAUUACAACCAAUAUCGGAUCAAAUACAUAGAAGAAUCAUAUAUAUAGAACCCCAUAUUACAAUCAAACAAGCUACUAAUAUCAUACAAUCUUCAAUAACAAAAACGCAAGAACUAGUUCAGGGGGUACAAGCAAUAAUAAAUAAAAAUAAUGAAGAAAAUGAAGAAAAUGAUGACAUAUUUGAAGAUGCUUUAGAAGAACUUCCAGACGAUUAA